AUGGCCUCCUCCUUCUCCAAAGCCAACUCCAAACUCCGCAAAACCUUCUCCUCCGCCAUCCUCUCCCCCCCGCGCGAAACGCACCAAAAAAUCGCCCGCAAGCAAAAAUCCUACUACGAGCGCCUCACCUACUUCCUCGACAUCCUCGUCGCCGACGACGAGCCCGACACCAUGCUCGUGCCCGCCGGCUCCAUCAUGCAGCACGUCAAAUACGGGAAAAAUGAUCGGUGGAGGGUUAUCAAGGAUGAGAAUGGGGUGUUGCCGGCGUAUUUGGUGGAUCAUCGGCCGAAGGACCCGGAUUAUGUCGUGCCGGUGGAGGAUGCGGGGAUUUUCCCGAUAUUUGAUCUGACGAGUAAUUUUUUGAAGCGGUGGGAUAUGUUGUCGUUGAUUUUGUUGCUGUUUACGGCUUCGGUGACGCCAUUUGAGACUGCCUUCAUCCACAACGACACUGGCAUCGACCUCCUCUGGCUCAUCAACCGCUGCGUCGACAUCGUCUUCUUCCUCGACAUGUUCGUGCAAAUCCGAACCCCUUACCGCGACCAACAAACCGGCCGUCUCGUCCGCGACGGCAAAGCCAUCUUGAGCCGAUACGUCAAGUCCUGGUUCCUCAUCGACCUGUUGUCCAUCAUACCCUUUGAGAUGAUCAACCAGAGCAGUGGGAGCAAUAGCAAGAAUUUAAGCCAGUUGAGGCUGUUGAGGUUUUUGAGGCUGGCGAGGCUAUUGAAGCUGUUGAGGGUGUUGAGGGCGAGUCGGAAGUUGAAGCAGUGGAGGGUGUAUAUAAAUUUGAGAUAUGCUACGCUCAAGUUGGUUCAGUUCUCCGUGAUCAUCCUCUUCAUGAUCCACUGGAUAGCCUGCGGCUACCGCCUCGCCGAAGACCCAAACGACCCCUCCGACCCACAAGGCUGGCUCUCCAACUACGCCAACUACCGCAACGUCAACAUAACCUCCCUCGGCAUAAUGGAACCCUACAUCCUCGCCCUCUACUGGGCCUCCUCAACAAUAACCCUCGUCGGGCCCUCCUUCGACCAAAUCGCCCCCACAACAGUCCGCGAAACAGGCUACUCCCUCUUCGCCAACUUCGUCGCCUACUUCCUCGCCCUGUACCUCAUCUCCUCGCUCACGAACGUCCUCUCCGUCGCCAACCGCCUCGAAACCGAACACGAUCUGCGGGUCGACAACUACCUCGAGAUGUUCCAGCGUCUCAAACUCGACCCGCGCCUGAAAGUAAAAGUCCACCAGUACCUCUCCGACCACUACGCCGCCGCCGCCACCCAGGCUUACACGAACCUCCUCGGCGAGCUGCCCGCCCAGCUGCACGGGUUCAUCACGAUGGAGAUCUUCGUCGACUUCAUCGCUCGCGUGCCCUACCUGGAACCCUUCAUCGACCGCGAGCCAAACCUGACCCAUGAGAUCUGCAGAGGCGUGUUGAUCCAGACCAUCCCGGCCAACGCACAUGUGUUCACUGAGGGGUAUCAGGGGAUAUAUUUCUUGGAGCAUGGGAUUGUGGCGAUCGAUGGGCGGGUCUAUCCCAGCGGCUCGGUGUUCGGCCGCACCUGCCUCCGCGCCUUCCCCAAACGCAACGAAUGCCGCGCGCUCACAAACGUCACCAUCCACUACCUCCCGCUCACCGUCCUGCGCUCCGCGCUGUCCAAGUACCCCAAGAUCAUGUACUACGCCAAACGCUGGACCGUGUGGCAGUUGCUCAGGCGGUACGUGUUUACGUACACCACGCUGUAUUAUACGGCGGCCAAGAGGGGCGCGAGGAUGGUGCCGCCGUUGACGAGCAUGAGGCCGGGGUUGAGGGAGGGGGAGUAUGAUGAUAUUGAUUUGGCGGUUUUGGAGCAUAUUAAUGAGUUUGGGUACUGA